AUGCCAUCCUCCACCCCCGACGCCCUCGAAUCUGACCUUCUCACAAAACUUUCUGCCACUUCUGCACUAGAAGAUUUGCAAGAAUCCCUACUCGGCGCUUUACAUCGUACUGGAUGGACAGAACGAGUGACCGGCCUUGCAACAGAACUUCUUCGCGCUGGCCGUUGCGAGAGCUUUGAUGAUGUGAUGGCGGCAGUAGUGGCCUCAGCGGAAGGUAGAAGCCACCCAGCCCUAGGCUCAAAACGCUCAACAGAACAGAACGGAGAUGCGACGACGAAUGGUGCAAAAGAAGGGAAAGCAAACGGGACAAAGAAAGGAGAUUCGGACAAGAAGAAAAACGCAGACGAUACCCCAUACGAUCCAUCGAAAUAUAUUGAAGAUGUGGAUGUUCGAAUUCCAGAUUCCGUGGUGGAUGAAGGUGUACGCGGACUGAAAGACAUUUUGCGAGACAUGGUUGACCUCGAAGAUGAGGCUCCUAACGGCGACAAGAAAUGA